AUGCUGCGAGUCCCCGGGCAUCUAGCCCCUGAAAGCAGCUACUUUGACCCCGUAACCGUCGAUUUCACACGGGGGCCUGAUGAUUCCCUAACUGAGGAGGACGUCAGGCGCCACCUUGGAGACGUGGAGUCUAGCUUUUUGCCCGCCCUAUCGCCUAUUCCCACGGCAUCGACAAACAACCAAGGCGGCGUUGAUGACACGUACCAAUUUGAUUCGCCGACAAAGAAGAUAGUACCCCGACUUGGACCAACGAUACAGGAGCAGGACGAGCACGAUGUGACCACCACGGCCACCAACACCACCUCUAGCUUCGAGAACUUCGACUCAUCCCCUACCGCCGCCGCUGCCCGAAGGACCAUCUCGCGAGCUGUUAGUAUGGCUAGCCAGCCAGGAGAUAACCAAGGUGCCGACGAGAGCGAGGACCGCGAUACAGAGCACGAGAGUUCCAUAAUAUCCAGUUCAGGAGAACACGACACUCAAGGACAGUCGCUUGCUGGUAGUACCCCUGGCCAUUCUCUACGCAGCCGACGACCCAAAUACUUGCGCAGUCGCUUCGGAAGCCAACGAUCAUCGACAUCUUCUUUCGUGACAAACCCCGAGUCACACGAAGGCAGCGACAUGACUGUUGGCCUCGGUACCGACUAUGCCCUCCAGUCUGGCGGCGCUGUUCCCGCCAUGGGAAUGACACGACACACGAGCAACCCCAUCUUGAGGUCCAUCAGCAUAGGAAGCAUAGGAUCAGCCUUUGGCGCAGAAGACUACACCGACACGUCAUUACCGCAACUGGAGCCGCUCCCCGAAGUCGAUAGUCCCGAACGACCGCGACGCUCUGGUUUGCUCAGUACACCCAAGCCCUCUAAGGAAGGGUUCAACACUGCACCAACAGACACGGUUAUAGCACGACAUGUUAGGAACGUCCAGGUACCCGAGUCUCUGGCCAAGGAGUACAAGUACAAGGGUGGACUUGAGACCCCCCGGAAACCUUCCUCGGUCACCAUGGGUUCAGUCACCACGGCUCGGUCUGGGAGGAACUUGACCCUCAAAGAGCAGAGCAGCACCAUCGAGAGGCUGUCCAAGGAGAACUUUGAUCUGAAGCUCAAAGUUAUGUUCUUGAGCGAUCGUCUGGACAAGUUGUCAGAAGAGGGUAUCAAGGAGAUGAUUUCCGAGAACGUUGAGCUCAAGACUGGUCUUGCGGUGCUACAGCGCGACAACAAGGUUCUGCGAAGAAGAGUCAAGGAGUUGGAGAAGCAGAUUAAGGAUGAGGGCGAACGACCAAGCACAGCACAGAGCGGUACAUCUUCAACAGACCAAACGGCCCGAAUGGGUGACGAGGAGGCUCAGGAGCGAGAGGAGGAACUAAUCUUUUUGCGCGAGCGGGUCGAGGAGUAUGCGACCGAGAUCGAAAGACUUCGAUCUGAAAGCCUUAACAAGGAAUCAGAGAGACGAAAGUUUGCCGACAUUGUGAGAUCACUUGGCGAGAGGACAAGUGACAACUUGGGCAGACAGGAAGAAGCCGAUGUUUGGAAGGACCUUCUUGAGCAAGAGACAGCCCGGAGAGAGCAGGCCGACGAUGAGAACAGGAGGUUGCGAGACGAGGUCUUUAAGCUGAAGCAGGACAUGUCUGGCUUGACCGGCGGACAGGGUGGUCUGCACCACACGACCAACAUCUACAACAUCACCAAGAAGGCGCGAGAUGCCAACAUGGAACAGAGUCGACCUGUUUCAGGCCUGUCAGGCGAAAUCGAGGGCUCCAACGGCAACUUCAGCGCAGCUACUACACUCGUUGACGAACUGCGCCGAGAGAGUGAACAGCUGCGCCAUGAAAAUGCCGAGUUGCGACGAGAAGUUGGCGCUCAGACGUCAAUGCUGACCUCAAGGAACCGCGAGAAAGAGCGCCUCUACCAAGAGAUUGAGGACCUCAAGAUGGCUCAGCGAAGAGGUCGCCCCGCGCCCUCCACCAUUGACAGUCUACUUGAGCGAUCUGCUUCACAAGUCGGCGGUCCCGAAAGGCCACAGUCGCGUGGCAGCAUAAAGACACGGACGCAGAUAGAGGAAGAAGCAGAGCGCGAAGAGAUGGAAAACAAGAUGGCUGAACUCCGCGACAAGAUCAGCGAGGUUAAGCUGCAGAACCAGGAGCUGCAGCGCGAGCUCGAGACUUGUAUGGAGGACUUUGAAACAGCCAUCGAUGGUAAACGCCAGGCCGAGGAGGCAGCACUGUCUCUACAGGAGGAUCUCAACAAUGCCAUGAACGACUUGGUUGCCUUGCAGUCGGAGCGUGAUGAGGCUCUGCGCGAGCAAAGUGACAUGGAAAACGAAUUCGAGUCGCUCAGGAAAGAAGCACAGGAGGAGAUUGACGCUCUAGAGUCAGAGGCGGACCAGCAUGCUGAUGAGAUGCAACGGCUACAAGCAGACCUUCAGGACCGCUCAGAGAAUUUCGACGCCUUGCAGGAAGAGAUGCGAAAGAUGAGCGAGGCCCUCAUUCGACUCGAAGACGACCAGGAGAGCAAGAUGCGCCGGAUCCAACAGCUCGAGCAAGAGUUGGAUUCUUCCAACAAGGAGCUUGAGGAGCUGGAGCAGAAGCUCAUGGAAUCCAACGACAAGAACCAGCGACUGUCGGUGCAACAAGAGUCCUCUCAGGGAGAGAUUGCCUUCCUUCGAGAAGAGCAAGAGGGUGACAAGAUCCGCAUUGGAGAUCUAGAAGCGGCACUGGCCAACGCCGAACAGAGCCUGCGUGAAGAAAAGGACCGGGUUAAGGAGCUGGAGAACCGCUUGCAGCAGGAGAGACACCAACGAGAGAUUGUCGCAGACCAAGAGAAGGAGGAGGUGCAACAGUUCGUCAACGAGCUCAACAGGGAGGCGUCUGCUGCCAAGGAUGAGGCACGACGCCUGCGUAAGAACUUGACGUCGAGAGAAGUGGAAGCUACCGAGUGGAAGGAGAGGCUGAUGGAACUCGAGAAUAACUUGCGUGAGGCUCUGGGUGACCUCAACGGCACUCGUUCUUCCCUUCUCAAGUCUAUUGCCAAGCUACAACGAGAGCUUGAGAAUACGAUUCGCGACCUCGAUGCAAGCAAGGCUGCUUUGGUGGAGAAGGACCGCAUCAUCAAGAUGCGUGAUUCUCUACUCGAGUCACAUGCCCUUGAGAGCCGCAAGCUCGCCGAGCUGCUCGAAAAGGAGCGUGUUGCUCACAGAAACACCAAGUCUCAGUACGAGACGCACCAGAAGACGCACCAGCAUCUUACUCGUACCGCCAGCAGUCAGGAUAUCCGGAUUGCGGAACUCGAGACGACACGGGGACAAGAUCGCAGGCGGAUCGCGAUAUUGGAGCAGACAGCUCGCGAGCAACUUCAAGAGCGCAACGAACUGCUCCUUCUGCUCUGGCAGAAGCUCAGUAAGCUGUGCGGCAGGGAGUGGGCUAAUGGCAACGCUCUUAUCGAUCGACAAGUACUGCCAUCUCUGGAGGUGGUUGCAAACCGUCUUCCCGGCUUUUCCAAGAACUUGCUGGCUGCCGUCAAAGCUAUCGAGCUCAUGGUUGGCUCAUUCGAGUCAAGGAUCAAGUCUGUGGAGCGAGAUUUGUACCGCGAGUAUCAGACUCUGGAGAACAACCUUGGCGUCCGCACCAAGAAGCUAGAUCGACUAGAGACUAUGGUGAGGAACUCGGUCGCGUCUGGGUCAUUAAGCCACGAUGCCCGUUACUCUCGCCUAGAAGAGGCAUACCGUCAACUCAAGGUCGAAAAUACCACUCUCCGCACGGCCAACGAUGUCCGAGCCCGGGCGGCGUACUCAUCCAGAGAGCCUUCUGAUUCCUUGAUUCCAGUCAGUACCGGCGGCUCACCAUCACCAUCAAUACCUCGUGGACCGGGUGAACAGAAUAGAGAUCGAUCCAGUCGGUCCAGGUCCAAAACGCGGACAUCCACCAUGACGAGAUCAUCUGCCACAGCCCUUCCUGGUUCUUCGGCCGGUGGACUGGGUCUUAGAGACAUGGCAGCCCUCACCGACGAGGCAGGCAACAAUAAUGACAACCGAUGGCUGUUCCGACUGCGAGACAUGGAGUACAAGCUCAAGAUGGAGCGAGAAGGACGCAAUCAGGAUCGACACGCAGCGAGGCAGAGGCUGGGAGGACUGGAGCUGGAGAACCGAGACCUAAAAGAACGGAUGAAGAGGGCGCUAGGGGAGAUCGACUAA